CCGGUCUGACAGAGCAGAAGGGCUGCGCCCCCCUCCCCGCGCCACUCCCGUCCGCGGACACGCACCCCGGCUCUCCCAGAUCUCUGAGUGAAGAUGAACUUAGCAGAGAUUUGCGAUAAUGCCAAAAAAGGAAGAGAAUAUGCACUCCUGGGGAAUUAUGACUCUUCUAUGGUAUAUUACCAAGGUGUCAUCCAGCAAAUCCAAAGACAUUGCCAGUCAAUCAGAGAUCCAGCAAUUAAGGGCAAAUGGCAACAGGUCCGACAAGAAUUAGUUGAAGAAUAUGAACAAGUUAAAAGCAUUGUCAGCACUUUAGAGAGUUUUAAAAUGGACAGACCUGCAGAAAUCCCUGUGUCCUGUCAAGAUGAGCCUUUCAGAGAUCCUGCUGUUUGGCCCCCUCCUGUUCCAGCUGAACACAGGGCUCCACCUCAGAUAAAACGACCCAACCGAGAAGUAAAACCUUUGAGGAAAGACUCUCCGGGACUGCAGCCGCGAGGGCCCGCGGGCAGAGCACAUGUGCUAGCCAAGGGCGAGAAGUCUGCAGCCAGCCGCGAAAGGGAAUCUAGAGCUAGAGGAAGAGAUGACAAGGGAAAGAAAACACCCCAAGAAGUUGGCGAUGGGGAAAUUCCAAAAUUUGAUGGAGCGGGUUACGACAAAGACUUAGUCGAAGCUCUUGAAAGGGACAUUGUAUCAAGGAAUCCAAGCAUUCAUUGGGAUGACAUAGCAGACUUGGAAGAAGCCAAGAAAUUAUUAAGAGAAGCUGUUGUUCUUCCAAUGUGGAUGCCUGAUUUUUUCAGAGGGAUCAGAAGACCUUGGAAGGGUGUGCUGAUGGUUGGUCCUCCUGGCACUGGCAAAACAAUGCUAGCGAAAGCUGUUGCUACAGAAUGUGGGACAACGUUCUUCAAUGUGUCUUCCUCUACCCUGACAUCCAAAUACAGGGGCGAGUCUGAGAAGCUGGUCCGCCUCUUGUUUGAAAUGGCAAGGUUUUACGCUCCAACGACAAUCUUCAUUGAUGAGAUAGAUUCCAUGUGUAGCCGCAGAGGCACGUCGGAUGAACACGAGGCGAGUCGCAGAGUCAAGUCUGAGCUGCUUGUGCAAAUGGAUGGGGUAGGUGGUGCUUUGGAAAAUGAUGACCCUUCUAAGAUGGUUAUGGUAUUAGCUGCUACAAAUUUUCCCUGGGAUAUUGACGAAGCUCUCCGACGGAGACUGGAGAAGAGGAUUUAUAUACCUUUGCCCACAGCAAAAGGCAGAGCAGAGCUUCUUAAGAUUAAUCUUCGGGAAGUAGAACUGGACCCUGAUAUCAGCCUUGAAGAAAUUGCUGAGAAGAUUGAAGGCUAUUCUGGUGCUGACAUCACUAAUGUUUGCAGGGAUGCCUCUUUAAUGGCAAUGAGACGACGCAUUAACGGCUUAACUCCGGAAGAGAUUCGUGCACUUUCUAAAGAGGAGCUUCAGAUGCCGGUUACCAAGGGGGACUUUGAGCUGGCUCUGAAGAAAAUCUCCAAAUCUGUUUCUGCUGCAGACCUGGAGAAGUAUGAAAAAUGGAUGGCAGAGUUUGGAUCUGCUUAAUCUCAGCGACAGCUCCUUUGCUACAGUUUUAUGGCUUUUGUUGUUUUCACUUGCAGAAUGAGUUAGGAAUCUUUUUAAAGGUUUAAGGAAAGGUCUGUCUGUGCUCCCAUCUCACCCUCUCCUGAUGACAUGAUAUUUUAAACUCCAGAAAAGCUAAUAUUGUGAAAGAUAGAGUAUCUCUGAAAUAGUAAAAUCAGACAAACAAGAAGGGAAAGUUAUACUUGCGAGGAUAAUCUUUUUUUUUUUCUCCUGAGGAGCAGUGUUACUUAACCUCCUCAUGGUCAUCAUUCAUAGCUGGAAUCAAUAAAUCAGCUGGGGUAUGUGACUCCAGAGGAGCUAACAAGGGCUUGCUGUACCCCCUUCUCUUAAGCACUACUUUUAUGUUGAGCUCCUGACUCUGCUGCUCUCGAAUGUGUCAUCGAAGUUACUGUUCUCUCUCUCUGCUUGAAUAUUCAGAACAAAGCCUGUGGAUCAAUUGGCAUUGUACAGGGGAAAUGAGGAUCACUUUUUCAUCAAGACAUAGGCUUGGCUGUCCUCUCAUAUACAUUCAUUUGGAACAAAUCCUCUUCAGACUGUACUGAUGUUACUUGUGAUGACUUCUGAUGGAAACAAGAGGAAAAGAAAAGGGCCUUUGCUUGCUCUCAGUUCACUUUAUGCUUCAUCUCUGAACAUAAUUUGUACCAGUUUGACCAGUAGGCACUUUGACUUAAGUUGCAUCUUGCACUUUUUUGCUUACAUGCCAUCCUGUACUUUGUCUUGAUUAACAACUGAGAGUUUAGUACAGUAAAGACACUAGUAUGAAGGCUGCCUGUAAAACACAAGGCUGUCCUUAAAACAAGUGGUCAUGGACUUCCACUUCUGAUUACAUAUGAACUGUUUUACUAGGCAAUGGAAUUUGCACCUAUUUGUGUUAGAGAACUGUUUAUGUUUUAUUAUUUUUUUAAUGAAGGUGUUUUUUUUAUUGUAUGAAUGUUAUUGAUUUAGAGGAGAAUAAUCUCUACAAUCUCAUUUAUAUUCUUUCUUGUUUCUUCCCUUCCCACAUACAAGUGUGGAGAUGAGAAGAGUCAGGUUAGAAACUGUAGCAUGAGAAAUUCUCUCUCGAGAGCUUAACUGUCAUGUUGACUUUUCAGAUCUUAACAGACUCAGGCUGUGAGUCUAACACAUGAAGGUUUCCCGUGGUAGGAAUGAGAAGAGGUCAAAUCCACAGAGGAAUAUCUGAGCUUUCAAUUUUUUGAUUUUUUUUUUAGUGUCCUGGUGGAUGUGAGCUGCUGUGCAGUUCGGUAGGUAUUCUGCUCCUUGGCCCUCUGCUGGGCUUCCUAGUGGUGUAGCUAGGUGUGGCAAACCCGAGUAGGAACAUCCAGCACCUCCCCUUGUGUGGGAAUAUGCCCUUAUUUGCUCUUUUUUUACUAAUGCUUGGAAGUUCCCAAUAAUGCCAGCAAUUCAUCACAUUGGUCUCUUGGACCACGACAUGAGAACCACCAAGGCAAAGGCUGCUCAAGCGUGUUUAACUGUUCAGUAGCAAGGAAUGUCAGAGUGCAUGCAUGACAGCCCUGCAGCAUCUGUCUGAUCACAUGAGUGACUUCUGGAGCUGUUUUACCAUUGCUGCUUUGUCUGACAGUAUUCCUUUUUUCCUUUGUGUGUGAAGACCACAUCUGAGACUGAUCCUGUCAUUAUAAAGGGCUGCCCAAAUUUGCACGGAGAAAUGCCAUGGAGAUUGUCAGUCUUGGAUCUGACAUGAAGUUCAAGUCAGGGCUUUAGGAGUGUCUUUCCAUGUGGCACACCAGAAUCUUCUGGGGCUGCUAGGCUGGUUGGGACAUAGCUGCUGUUUCGAUACCUUUCCAAGGACAGAGAAUCUCUGCUGCCUAGCGCUAGACCCUGUUACGCUCUGGGGCAGGGAAACAGUGCAGAAAGGUACCAGCUUUUACCCUCUAUGCCUGCAUGGAGAGUAACUGCUUCUUUCCUGACCAGUUUGCUCUGACUGCACAGUAGAGUCCUUGGGAUUCACAGAACCUGUGGCUGUCAGACUAACAGGAACAAGUUCUCCGCACUUUGGAAGAUGAGCAGGGCAAAACCACAUCGAAUCUUUAUGCAAGGCUAGUCUGUGCCUCCCAGGAAGUAACUGGACUUCACAGAGAAAGGGCUCUGCACACGUUGCUACAGUCUGUUAUUUCUUCCUUUGAGAGCUGUAGCAUGCAGCCGUUACUGAUUUGUUUUACUGCAGUAGAAAUUGGUAAAGCUACGUAAAUCUUUUGUGGCCAGUGCCAGAUUAGUACUUCAUGGUCUGUCACUAGAGAGGGCUUUACUGCUCAGGGAGCUUAGUCUAGGCAGGCAAGACCUAGAAGACAAUGGGCACAAAUGCCAAUAACUUGCAGUGUUCAGCUGCUCAAGAGCAGUGCUGAGAUUCAGCACUUAGAAAGAUCUAAGUGGCAGUUUUCUCAGUUUCGUAUUGCAACAGCAGUGCCCUUCCUGCUGACAACAGCACAGCGUUUAGCAGCAGUGUUGUUCAUUAGCUCUUUCAGAAACCUUCUGCUUUAAAUCAGACUUCCUUCUUGGAUUUAAGCAAAAUUCUCUGUAUUGGGCAUUCCCUCUAAUAAGAAUUAUUCAGGUGCUGCAGUGUCUUUCUUUAAAGGUCACGAUUUUCCUGUACAGAUCCAUUCAUCCCCUUAGUGCUGCAGAACAGAAGAAUUAAAGUUUCCAGGCUCUAGAUGUUUAUAAGUUCAGUGGUUGUGCCCAAGCAUUUACACCUGUGCUUUGGGCUCUGAUAGACCAGGCACCCUGAAAGACAGAGCCCAUCCUUUCCUUGCAUUGAGUUUUUAGUACAGGGCUCUGACUCUGACCCUUACUUGUUUACCAAGUCAUGCUGGUGCACUCACCUAGGCAGGCUUGGUGAUUGGGUAAUUGACUCGAGGAGAGCAAGCAGUGGGGUGCAGCAAGGAGCAACCAGGAAGUAAAGACCAGUCUGACAGUGGCAACAGCUCAAGGCAGGAAGAGCAUAUGGCUCAGGCCAUUUCUGUCUCACUGAUGGAUAUGCUCAUCUAGGGAUGUUGGACUCCUCAAUCUGCUGUGACAAUUUGUUCAGUCUGUGUCUGUGUGAUGCGUGGAGAUACAUGCCCAUGUGCAUGUAUGUGUAUACACAGGCACACAACAUGUGGUGCUUCAGUAGUUUGUAUCUAAAUUCCACUAAAAACAUAUUUUAAAGCUGUGUUUACGUCACUCUGAACAUCUGUGAAGGCCCUCUUGGGUGGCACCAUUAAUUUUUGUACAAUAAGCAGUCUGGUUGUAUGAAGUAAUAAAUGUAUGUGUAGAGUCUGUUUGUUUCA